AUGAGUCUUACCGACCCUUCACCUGACAAGCCUCCAACCGAUGGUUCUGUUUCACCACUAUCGUCUUGUAGCGGCUCGAUUGACGCCACCUCUGGAGAUACAACAGAACCUCGAUCCAAAGUUAAUGUUCCAUACAAACCUGACCGUAUUUUGCCAGCCGUGCCGAGACCUGUCUGGAGACAUCGCGAGGAAGCAGGAGACCGACACUACGAACCACACCCAAACUAUGAACUGUACCCCAGGAGGAGCGAUGACAACAAUCGAUACGUGGAUCCCAUUUCUUUGGAACCUAGUUUCCCUUUGGAUCCUUGUACUAAUGACCCCCAAGAACUUUCUCGCGACGUUGUUCUCUCGGGCAUGCAAGAUUUCCGAAGAUUGUCCCUCCUGGAAUGGAAAAAUGUUGUUCCUUCCUUUUUUACCACAUCUCCGCCCACCACCGGAGUUUUUGGUGCCCACCAAGAAAACAUGAAAGCCAUCCCGAGCCUUCCAUCAUCCGGACCAUUUGCUAUCUACAUCGUAUGGGACCUAUGGAAUGACCACCUGACCCUAAUCCCUCAUCACCGGAAGCUCGUCGCUUCUAAUCGCCAGGAUCUCUUUAUGGUUACUCUUACAUCGCAUUCCAAGGAUCUUCUCAAUCCAGGACCUGUUCAAAUGAAGAAUUACUUAAAAGGAGACGCGAUUUGUGUCAGAACUCUCAACCGGAGACGUUAUGCGUGGGAUCACGACUUUCUGGUUUCCACUGAUGAGAUCUUGAACCCAGAAAGCCAUAAAUUUUGGGCAGUCGGUGAAUUUUAUCUGAUCCAGCGGAAGUUAAAAGAGAACUGUCUUGUGACAAGUGUCGGACGUGAAGGAUUCAUCGCGGAUGGCUUCAAUACUCUAUGUGAUGCCCCUGAUGACUUUUCGGACCUACCUGGACAAGUUUACCACGCGAAAAUCUUUGUGCCAUACCUACAACCGGAGAGUUUUCUGCCUGGCACGGACGAAAAAGAACAGAAAAUUCAAAUCUCAGAAACCAAACAUUACUGCCCUGGCUAUCAUGUCUACCCGUCGAUCGUAGCGUUAAGCGGGAUUGGGGCGGAGCUUGAGCAAGAACUACAGUAUGCGAAGAACCCAUUCCAGCUCAUGGACCGAGUCCCACCACGUAUCUUUUUCACUUCUGGACAUUUCGGGCUAUCUGGAAAGCUUGCCAUGGAGAACAGUGAUAAGGAUCUCGGAUUUUACCCCACAAAGAUUACAAAUGUGACAAAAAAACGAGGCGCCAAGGUGGUAGAAUUCACUCUGAAAAAUGGUUACGGUGCACCGCGCGACUCGCAAUGGGUGAAGCUCACCAAGUUCCUGAUGAACUUCAAGGGGACCGUAUUUGAGAUGGAGGUGGAGUCUUGUACCAAUAAAAAUAACAAGUUAUACCUGACUGGUCGCUCUGUAUCCAAGAAUCGGAAGGACUUGGAUGUAAUCAAGGAAAUACGCGGCAAAAUUGUGGUGAUCUACCAGGAGAUUCAGAAUAACUUGCAUCAUUUGAAAAACUUUCCGACGCUGGAGGAGUUUGAGGAGUUUCAAUGGGAUACCAACUUCGGGAAGUGUCUGAAAGCGUUGUUAGGUGGGGAGAGGAUUCUGGGUGCCUCUAGGAAUUUGGAUUCAAAAGUCUCAGAGUCCCCGCUAAGAAAGAUGCUGACCGAUGAGCAAGGAGAGUAUGCUGACGCAAUGACUCACGGGGACUUGCCGGGAGGUGCUGUGGAUUCCUGCUUUCGAGGUGGCAAGACUUUCGCGGUUGCGGUGACUGCUAACCUGUUGGCUAUGGAGUCAAGAAUCAAGUCCGCUGACGAUCACCUGAUUCACCUAGCUUGCAGCAACACUAACAUUGCAGUGAAAGCUCUCACCGAAACUCACCUAACACUCCCUUAUCCCGCUCGAGCAGUCCGUCUGAUCAAUUUCAAUCGAUUUCGACAAGCUGACAAAAAUAACCAUACUCCUAUCGAUUACCCCUUGUUAUGGCCCAAUGUUCUUAGGCGUCAUGUGAUGGCGAUGGAUGCCAAGGUUUACAGUGAGGAAGAAGAGGAUGAGUAUGACAUUGACGACGUUACUCAAAGUGCUUUUCACUAUCUGAAGAAGAAAGAUCUGAAAAGGGGUGAUUUUAAGAGUUCGACGUUCUUAGAUAGACUGGAACAAAAAGGAGAGCCCCAGAUGAGUCGACUCGACACAUUUGUAGCUAUCUACAAGCCUCAAAUUAUCUUCGCCACCCACUCCGCUGUCACUGCAUCCCUACAUACUGGAAAAUUCGAGAAGUUCAAGGCCAAAAUUGCCACUAUCCAAUUCGACGAAGCCCACCGCCUGCCAAUGUUCUCCUUGAUCUCCCUUGGCCUACGGAUCCCCGAUGCUUGCUUCGGUUUCAUAGGGGAUUCUAGAUCGUUGCCAGCGUUUUCCGAGCCAUUACUCCCAUCGGAUCUUUGGAACUACACCAUUCGGAAAGUGCUGGAAGAUUCAUGGAAAAAACUUCCGAGCUUCAAAUUCACCAAGUGCUUUGAUACACAAAUGGAUCUUGUUAAGAACUGCAAUGAUCACUUUUAUGGCAAUACGUUGUGCUCUAUGGGGAGAGUUGAUUUGAAGGGUUUGAGGGAUUUUGUUGGGAAUAUCUUCCCUAUUCAAAUUCUGAAUAAUCCGGAGCUUUUGGAGAGAGAGCAACAUUCUGGGAACUCACUGUAUUGUAGUCAAGAAGCACAUCUUGCUGUGCAGCUUGUCAAGAAGAUCCAGAAGCAAUUCCCACAGUUGGAAAUUGGAAUCCUCACAUUCUACAGAGCACAAUGCUCCCAAGUCUCCAGAAUCCAUGGAAUCGAAAAUGUCUUUAUUGGAACAGUGGAUUGUAGUCAAGACUACAAUUUCGACGUCACUAUCAUCCUCACCACGCGGCCGGAUUCCUUCCACGAAUCCAAGUUCCUCGAGGACCCCAAAAGACUUAAUGUAGCGUUCUCAAGAGCCAAGGAUGCUUGUUUUGUGAUUGUUAAUGAAGAGGCAGCAAGGAGUUCGGAGAUUUGGAAGGGGAUUUUGGAGGGGGUGCCGAAGGAAGCUCGUCGCGAUGCAAGAACAUUUAUUGGUAUUGGAGAAGGAGGUGAAGAAGAAGAAGAUGAUGGAGUUAGGCAGAGGAAGAGACGCUACACAGGACCACGUCCUGAAUUUCGUUGA